AUGUCCUCUCCACACGACUCUCAGGAGAUCAGGCCAGAGCCAGUGAAGAAUGUUCUUGCGGGAGCUUCCUCUGAGGUGAGUAUUGACAGCGAUCCAAAAGAGGUGAAAAACGAUAAUUGGCUGAAGAGACUCGGUCACCAAAUCGUCCCAGACGGCGGAUUUGUCUCGGGUGUAUUUAAUCUCGCCGGUGGAAGUCUCGGUGCGGGUAUCCUCGGACUCCCAUCCGCCUUUCACGCCUCCGGUAUCGUUAUGGGAACCAUAUACCUUAUUGUCAUUUACUUGCUCACGGUAUUCUCAAUGGACAUUCUCGCACGUGCUGCAAAAAAGACGGGAAUUCGCAGUUAUGAAGCAAUGGCGCGCCAUUUAUUUGGACGUGGUGGUGAUAUCUUUACCGCUGUUAUUAUGUUUGUCAAGUGCUUUGGAGCUUGUAUUGCCUACGUUAUCUCUAUAAGUGAUCUGUUUUACGCGUUUCUUACGGAUGACAACGUAACUGGAUAUUGGGCUUCACGUAGUUUUAUUCAAGUUCUCACAACUAUUACCUUCUUCCUGUUUAUGUUGCCACUUUCUCUUCCGAAGCGGAUCAACUCAUUGCGUCAUGUUUCACUUUUUGCAGUAGUAUUUAUUGUAUAUUUUGUGAUAUGCGUCAUUGUGCAUGCUGCUAAAUUCGGUAUGAAGGAUGGUUUGAGGGAUGAUCUUGCAUUAUUCCAAUCAGGAAACGAAGCUAUUCGAGGACUUGGUAUGUUUAUGUUUGCGUAUAUGUGCCAGAGUAAUAUGUUUGAAGUAUGGAAUGAGAUGCGUCCAGUGCAGAGUGUGAGUCAAAUGACUUAUCAAACAGCCGCCAGUAUGUUACUGUUAACCGUCUUUUACUGGCUUACUGGAUUCUUUGGUUACGCGGAGUUUGGCCCAGAAGUCGGAUCUUCUGUUCUUAAGAUGUAUCGUCCUUUACAUGAUGUCGCAAUGGCUAUUGCCUACGUUGGUGUUAUUAUUAAACUUUGUGUGGCCUUUUCCCUGCAUAUUCUUCCCUGUCGUGAUUCUCUCCAUCAUCUUCUUGGAUGGUCUUUGGAUACGGUGGCGUGGUGGAAGAAUGCCCUUCUCUGUACCGUUUGCUGCUGUGUUGCCCUUGUUGCCGGUUUAUUUAUUCCCGACGUGAAUGUUGUCUUUGGACUUCUCGGCUCCUUCAGUGGUUCUUUCAUCGGCUUUGUCUUCCCCGCCCUCUUCUACAUGUACGCUGGGGAUUUCAACAUCAAGUCCGUAGGCAUUUUGAUGUAUCUCUCCACCUACGCCCUUCUUUUCGCUGGGGUGGUGGUCAUCUGCUUUGGUACCACCUCUACCAUCUACGGUGUGGUUAAAAAAUAA